GACAGAGACAGAAGAGCAUUAUAUAUAUCAAAGGUACAAAAACUUCCACAUUUUAGAGAUUGCUUGCAAUCCAGUAUGUUACUUAUCUUGCGAGUAUUCAAUAUUUUUCUCCACAAAAAUUGGGUUAUUGGAUUAAUUUUACAAAAUAAUCCAGUAUUGGGUUAUUUGCUUGCAAUCCAGUACGUGCCCAUCAUAUUAAGCCGUGUAAUCAGGGGGACAUAAUUGAAUGGGUGGGGCACAGCCCAAUGUGUACGCUGUAGAUUGAGUGAGUCGAUUGACUCGAUCAACCAAAACUCACGUUGGGUCAAGCCGUUAUGUUAUAGUGGCUCAUCAAUUAGCAUUUGUCAGAUAAGCACUAAAACCAGUUCCCCACCGACUACAAGAACCAGUCAAGCAAAUGGAAAUUUGAUUUUUUUGAAGAACCAGUCAAGCUCACCUUGUGAGACCUUAUGUGAAUGCAGACUACAACGCUGCAAUUUGAACCUCUUUUACUCACCAAAACCAUUUCAAAAUCCACCACCAGUUCUCUAGCAAUGACGACAACCAUGUCGAACUUGCCUCACUUUGUCUUCAUCCCAUUACUAGCUCAAGGUCACAUGAUCCCUAUGAUAGACAUGGCCAGGCUGUUCGCGAAGCAUGGCGUGAUGGUGAGCAUAGUCACCACCCCUCACAAUGCAUCACGAUUCGCGUCAACCAUUGAUCGCGCAAAGAAAUCCGGGCUUCCAAUUCAACUCAUAGAAAUCCGAUUCCCAUGGCGAGAAGUGGGACUUCCUCCGGGAUGUGAGAACCUUGACAGUGUACCAUCCCCGGACCUAAUCAGAAAAUUCUAUAAUGCACUUGAUAAGCUACAAGAGCCAUUGGAAGACCAUUUGCAAAAAAACAAGCCUCUUCCAAGCUGCAUCAUUUCAGACAAGUGCCUCUCCUGGACAUCCAAAACAGCUCAAAAGUUCCAGGUUCCUAGGAUUGUCUUCCACGGAAUGAGUUGCUUUUCAUUAUUAAGCUCUCACAAUAUAAAGCUCCAUAAUACUCACCGUUCAGUCAAUUCAGACACAGAGCCUUUCGUGGUGCCAGGAUUGCCUCAACGGAUUGAGAUCAUCAGAGCGCAGCUGCCGGGAGCAUUUGUUACCUUGCCGGACUUGGAUGAUGUCCGGGACCAGAUGCGAGAGGCUGAGUCGAGUGCGUAUGGGGUUGUAGUGAAUAGUUUCCGCGAGGUGGAAAAUGGGUGCGACGAAUUGUACGAGAAGGCCUUGAAUAAGAAGGUGUGGUGCAUUGGAUCGGUUUCUCUCUACAACGAGGAAGUGUUGGACAAGUUUGAGAGAGGGAACAAACCUUCAAUUGGUGAGACACAGUGUUUGGGAUGGCUAGACUCAAUGAAACCAAAGUCCGUUCUUUACGCUUGCCUUGGCAGCCAAUGCCGCCUAGUUCCAUCACAAUUGAUAGAGCUCGGGUUGGGCCUAGAAGCAUCCAGACACCCAUUUAUUUGGGUGAUAAAAACAGGAGAGAGAUUCCAAGAAGAGCUAGAGAAGUGGUUAGUAGAAGAGAAAUUUGAGGAGAGAAUCAAAGGGAGAGGACUAUUGAUCAAAGGUUGGGCUCCCCAAGUUCUCAUUCUGUCCCACCCAUCAAUCAGAGGGUUCUUAACUCACUGUGGUUGGAAUUCAACCAUAGAAGGGGUGUGCUUUGGUGUCCCAAUGAUAACAUGGCCUAUGUUUGCAGAGCAGUUCUUGAACGAGAAACUAAUCGUCGAAGUUCUGAAAAUUGGGGUUCGGGUUGGCGUUGAAGUCCCUGUUAGAUGGGGGCAGGAAGAGAAAGUUGGGGUUUUGGUGAAGAAAGAGCAGGUUGAGAAGGCUAUUGAGAGACUAAUGGGUGAAGAAGGAGAGAGAAGAAGUAGAGCAAGAGAUUUAGGAAAGAAAGCAAUAAAAGCCAUGGAAGAAGGAGGAUCUGCUCGCACCAACAUUUCACGAUUGAUCAAAGAUGUUACGAAACAAUCAGUAAGAACAUAGUAGUAUUGAUUUCAGUCAUGUAAUAAUACCUUAGCAAUUUUAUUGCUACAAAUAAGACACAGUAUAACUCUGCAUUGUAUUGCUGUAAGAGAUGUAUACAAUAGUGGUUUAUAUAGGAGGAAUUAUGUGUGAUGAACAAGUAAA